AUGAAUCAAAAUGCUCGAAAAUGUGAAUUAAAUAUGGCAUUAAGUAUUUUAGCAAUAUUUAAUCCAUUAAAUGAUUAUUAUAUCUAUCAUAUUAAUCAAUCAACAUCUUCUAGUCUAUUACAUAAUUUAAUUGAGCAAGCAAGAAAAACAACUCGAUUCACCAUUGAUGCAGAAGAUGAUUAUUAUACACAUCAACCAUCAUUGAUUCAAAUUGAAUUCAUAAAAUAUCAAUCUAUCGUACUAUUAAUUCAAGUACAUCAUUUACCACAACAAUUAUCUCAGUCAUCAAAUCAUGCUAUGAGAACAUCAUUGACAACAAAUGAAAAUGAAGUUAAUAAUUACAAUCAACAACUUGGAAUAAGAGAUGUGAAGAUCGUUUUGUUUGAUUGUAUGAAGUGUUAUGUUAAAAUUCCACGAUGUAAGAUUGAACAACAAGUAUAUGAUUCCAAUUCUCAUACUCAAACAAAUGUUGGUCGUGAAAUACAAGAGUAUCGAGAAGAACAAGAAAUAGCAUUACAAAAACAAGACAAUCAAGCAACAUCAGAAAUUGUAGAAGACAAAGAAGAAGAAAAUGAUGGUUUCAUAGAUUAUUUAGAUGAUUACAAUCCAAUGAAUACUCAUAUCAUUAUUGAUUUACCAUGGCCACAAGCAAUAGAGUGA